AUGAUGGACGACUUCGUCAGCGAGUCGGAUAGCGACUACACGAGCUAUUGGCGCGACUGGUUCAUAUCCUCUCGAGGCAACGAGUACUUCUGCGAAAUUGACGAAGACUACCUCACGGACCGCUUCAACCUAACUGGACUAAACACGGAGGUUCAGUACUACCAAUAUGCGCUCGAUCUCAUUACAGAUGUCUUCGACCUCGACUGCGACGACGAGAUGAGGGAGACGAUCGAGAAGUCAGCUCGACACCUGUAUGGCCUGGUUCACGCCCGAUUUAUUGUUACGACGAGGGGCCUCGCCAAGAUGCUGGAGAAGUACAAGAAGGCAGACUUUGGUAAAUGCCCGCGCGUCAUGUGCCACUCGCACCCGCUACUGCCCAUGGGUCUCUCCGACGUGCCCAACAUGAAGCCAGUAAAACUCUACUGCGCUCGCUGCGAGGAUAUAUACAACCCAAAGUCUUCACGGCAUGCCGCCAUUGACGGCGCAUACUUCGGUACCUCAUUCCACAACAUCAUCUUCCAGGCUUACCCGGCCCUCAUUCCCACCAAAAGCGCCGAACGGUACGUGCCGCGGGUGUACGGCUUCAAGGUUCAUGCCUCAGCGGCGUUGAUCCGGUGGCAACACCAAAAGAAGGACGAGAUGCGUCGUCGUUUGAGGAAGAUGGAGGUUGACAGCGGCUUUCGAGACGAUGAACUUCUGGAAGAUGAAGACGACGAAGACGUCGAAUUCGAGGGCAUUGAUAAUCGGGUGGCCGUUGGCAACGAAGGCGUCGCCAUGGCCUAA